UAACAACAACAACCAAUAUCAGCAUUAACACGCCAUACUAUUCCACCUUGUCACUUUCGUGUGCGAUGUUUGAUGUAUCCCUGUCACCCUGUGUGAUGUUAUCAUUUUGUGCCACCCAGGGAGGGGUAGAGGGGAGGUUUGUUCCAAAAUGUCGGACGUGGUAAAUACGAAUUCCCAUGAAUCUUCUGGUAAACUCGAUUUUUCAUUACGACAGCCAAGAUAUGACCAGGCCACGUUUUGGGGACGAUACAGAAGAUGUCUGGAUAUAAUUGACCCAAGGACAUUGCUAGUUACAAAGGAAAAAGAACAAGAUUGUCUAAAGCUCUUAGAAGCAUAUAAAAAUAAUGAACUCUCUCCUGAUGUUACCUCAGAGCAAUUAUGGGAGGCAAGAAAGAUUAAGGAGGCUCUAUUUCAUCCAGAUACAAAUGAGAAGAUAUUUAUGCCAUUCCGAAUGUCAGGGUUUGUACCAUUUGGAACCAUUACAGUUGUUGGGAUGUUGCUACCAGCACCAUCAUUAUCCACUGUUGUAUUUUGGCAGUGGUUGAAUCAAAGUCACAAUGCUGCAGUAAAUUACUCAAACAGAAACGCCACCAAGCCAACACCGACCAGUAGAUUUGUUCUCAGUUAUUUAACUGCCAUUACGAGCGCUGUAUCAAUCGCUGUCGGGCUCACAGUUUUCGUACAAAAAGCGAAAUUUUUCUCGCCCCAAGUUCGUCGGACACUACAAAGACUGAUAGCAUUUCCUGCAACAGCUAGUGCUAACGUUUGCAAUGUCUUGGCCAUGAGAAGCAACGAACUUAUAGAAGGCGUUGAACUGGUCGACGAGGAAGGUCAUGUCAAGGGAACUUCAAGAAUUGCAGCGAAGCGAGCAAUAUUUGAAACUAUUAUCACAAGAGUUUUCUUGUCUGGCACGGUUCUUUGUACCCCAGCUCUUAUUAUGACUGCCUUAGAAAGAACAAAGUUCCUAAGAAAGAACCCUAGAUUCAUCCUACCAACUCAGGCCAUUGCCUGUAUUCUGUCAUUUGGUAUCGCUCUGCCUUUUGCAAUCGCGCUAUUCCCUCAGAUGUCACAGAUAGACAUAAAGGAUACCGAACCAGAGAUUCAAAAAAAUUGCACUGAACUGAUUUUGCAUUAUAACAAGGGACUAUAAUCAAGUACAAGUAAAGAUAUU